AUGGAUAUCAAGAACUGGUUGCAGACCGUCUUACAAUCGUACAAAGAGCCGGAUCGAACCUUUCGAGAUGUCGAUGCCGUUUUGGAAAUGUACUCGUCCUUGAAGCCAAAGAUGGACACCUAUACGUACAACGAUGGCCAUACGCAACUACUACUUUGUGUACACGGCACGGUUCCAAUCACCUAUCGAUCGAUACCAUACUAUAUUCCAGUAGCCUUUUGGAUUCCAAGCGAGUACCCACGAAGCCCGCCUAUGCCUUAUGUUAAACCGACAUCCAACAUGCUUGUACGCGAAGGGAAACACGUUGACAAGAGUGGUUUAUGCUAUCAUCCUUAUCGAUCCUCUUGGAAGGAGAAUCCGAAUAAGCACAAUCUAUUAGAGCUGGUUGCUAUCCUUCAACAAGUGUUCGCUCAGGAACCACCUGUAUACAGCGUUGUCCCAUCAGCCGCCACCGCCGCCGCCACAACUGGAAGUCCUAUGUUAUCUCAUCCACCACCCUCCAUUCCUGCCAAAGUGAAUGAUAAUCGACAUUCGUUGCCAAACAAUACACCACCACAACCACCAUCACAACCACCCGCCAUGCCUCCACCGCCACCACAACCACCACAUCCCGUUUCAUCCACCUCAACACCUUAUUCACCUUCAACAACUACUUCGGAUUCUCCAACAUCCAGGUGGCCUUCAGGUGAUGGCACAGCGUAUUACAAUAUCCAACAAGGUCUUGCCGCCAUGAGUUUGAGUCCACAAGGAUACACAUCAUCGACACCACCACCCAUGCCGACAUCCACAAGCAGUACAAGUGCCAUUCAUAAACCAGCCUCAUUACCAGCUUUAUCACCCGCACUUGCCAAUAGUAGUAUUACAACAACUACAUCAGCAGCAAUGAACAAUAGUACACCCGCCACAUCAGCAGCACCUGGUGCAGCCACACCACCACCUCGCCAAGCCUUGCCAAGAACAACCCCCGAAAGUCGGGAGCGUGAUUUACAGGAUCGAUUGUAUAGAAAAGUGGCGGAGAGGAUGCAGGCAUUCAAUAUGGCAGUAUCAGGCGAAAUGGAUAAGUUAUUGGUCAUCAAUCGACAACUCAAUGAUGGCGAAAACGAAAUCAGGCACGAGCAACAAACACUCACAGACAUGCUGCGUCGUUUACAAGAUAACAUCCACGUCCUCAAAUCAAGGGAUCAUGAAAUUCAAGAGAUCACUGAUACCGUCAAUGCCAUGCCCGAUAUGGCGGUCGAUGAGGCACUUUGCGGGACUACCAUCGUUUAUAAUCAGUUAUUUGAUUUGGUGGCGGAUGACAAUGCUAUUGUGGAUACGAUUUAUUAUCUUGGCAAAGCGCUUAAUUCGGAAAGGAUCGAUUUGGUCACCUUUAUGAAGUUAACGCGGACAUUAGCACGUGAGCAAUUUAUGAAGCGGGCCUUGAUGAAGAAGAUUGGAGAUGCACUUAAACCCCCAUCCAGUGAGACAUUACCACCAUCAUCCUAA